CGCAGUGGACGUGGACGGAGAGGUUGUGGCUACUUCAUCUCGGCGCGGAUGGCCCAGCAGAGUCGCAGGAGGAGCCUGCCCAACAUGGGCGUGGUGAACGAGCCGCUGCUCAAGAUACUGCAGUGCCGCCAGUGCUCGGAGCUCAUGCAGCCGCCCAUACACCAGUGCCUGAACGGCCACAGCUUCUGUCCAGACUGCUUUUACCGCAACAAGAACUGCCCGACUUGCUGCUCAGACUUCACGGACAAACGCAACAUGGUGAUGGAGAGCCUGGUCCAGGAUGUGAAGCUGCCUUGCGACAAUGCCGCGCGUGGCUGUGUGGAGACCAUGCAUGUGAACGAGAGGGUGAAGCACCUGGGCGAAUGUAGCUUCACUUUGGGCCGCUACCAGUGCCAGGCUGGGACAGGGCACCAUGGCUUGACACGCUGUCUUUGGAGCGGCGCUUAUGAGCAGCUGCGCGAGCAUGUGGCCGAACAACACCCACACUACAUCGCCACGCACUCUAAGGGCCACGUGACCUUCCAGAGCGACAUGCUGAGCGGCGGGGGCAGCGUCACCUCGCUGGUGCAGUUCGGGCGCUGCGACCUCUUCUGGUGGCAGCGGCGCCACUCGGCGGCCGAGCGCCGCUUCUACGCCGUGCUGCAGCACGUGGACCGCCCCCCGCGCGUCAACCCCGCCUCACCCAGGUUCCGCUACGCCGUGCAGUUCCGCGCGCAGCUCGGCACGCAGGACGUGCUGUUCGCCAACUACGCGCGCAGCCACGCCGAGUCGGCCGCCAGCAUCUUCAAGGCCGGCACGUGCAUCGUGCUGGACGUGGGGCUGCUCCCGCAGCUCGUCAACAGGGAGAGCCUGUGUCGCUACCAGCUGAGCAUCGCGCGCGUCGACUCGGCCGGGCUGCCGGGCUGGUAGGCUGCCGGGCUCUGCCUCCGUCUACCAGCGCCGCUUAGCGGCCUUCGAGCCUGCAUUAAACCUUUUUUUUUGACUCGUAGUUCUGAACAUUUAUUCCAUACAUAUAAUUCUGGUGAUGAAAAUAUUCUAACACGUAAAAGUAUAUCUUUUAUGCAUUAAAAGUAUUAAAAUAUUGGAAAUUUUUUUGAUUACUGACCACUAUCAGUUUAUAUUAUUAAAAUAUUUUAUAUAUAGAAUUUAAGUGUUUCAGCACUUAUGUAUUUAGAGGUUGUGUGUGAUCCUAAAUAUGUAGGUUUUUUUUAAUAAGAUCCAAACCAAAGUAAAUUACAUCUGCAUUAGGGAUAAGGUAGCAUUAUUUAGAGUUCUAAAAUAUGUGUAAAAAUAAUUGAUAAGUUUCGAAUGCCUUGGAGCACAUAUUAAGGUUUCGGUUAAGUGUACGCAAAGUGGAUAUUUUAAAUUUUAACAGUAAUCAACUCUAUUCAUUUAUUGUACCUAUUUCUUAUGUUAACUGUGAUUUCGUAUGGUAUAAACUUGGUGAGGGUUACAGACAAAGGAAAUGUUUGUGUAACAUAUUAUCCUUAUAUUAAAAUUUCACAUUUUGUACUAAUUUGUAAAAUAAGUUAUAUGAAAAUCUUAUUAAUAAUAUCUAUAGUUUGCUUUAUUUUUUAAUCCACACUCUUAUGAAAUGAGAUUUUUUGUUAAUUUCCAAAAAUAAUGGUUUGUAUAACAGAAAAACACUUGGUUUAUUGUACAAAAAAUUUACCAUACACUCAAUUUAUAUUUAUAAUUUACUUACAAAUAUAUUUGUAGUAUCUUUAAUAUUUUAAGUGUAUUAAAAGUUAUACAUAAAAUUGUUACUUGCAAAUAACACAAAAUGGUUAAUAGAUUGUUAAAACUGUAAGGACCUGAAGAGGAAAUUAUAAUUUUCUCCAA